GGAAGUGAGGGCGGGCGGUGGGGCCGUUGCCGCAGUGACAGAGCUGGGGGAGUCCGAAGAUGGCGGCGUCGCGUCGCUCUCAGCAUCAUCACCACCAUCAUCAACAACAGCUCCAGCCCGCCCCAGGGGCUUCGGCGCCGCCGCCACCUCCUCCCCCUCCACUCAGCCCCGGCCUGGCCCCGGGGACCACCCCAGCUUCCCCCACGGCGGCCGGCCUGGCCCCCUUCGCCUCGCCGCGGCACGGCCUAGCGCUGCCGGAGGGGGAUGGCAGUAGGGAGCCGCCCGACAGGCCCCGAUCCCCGGACCCGGCUGACAGUCCCAGCUGUGGCAACACCACCAGCACAGUCUGCGCCGUCCCCACCGCCCCCGUGGUUCCGGCGGUUUCCGCUGCUUCUGCCGUCGGGGUCGCUCCCAGCACAGCCGGCGGCGGCAGUAACAACUCACCGUCGUCCUCUUCUUCCCCGACGUCGUCGUCGUCUUCUCCAUCCUCCCCGGGAUCGAGCUUGGCGGAGAGCCCCGAGGCGCCCGGAGUUGGCACCGCGGCAUUAGGGCCCGGGGCAGCGGGACCCGGGCCGGGGGUCCCGGCCGUGAGCGGCGCCCUACGGGAGCUGCUGGAGGCCUGUCGCAAUGGGGACGUGUCCCGGGUGAAGAGGUUGGUGGACGCGGCCAAUGUGAACGCUAAGGACAUGGCCGGCCGGAAGUCGUCUCCCCUACACUUCGCUGCAGGUUUUGGAAGGAAGGAUGUCGUAGAGCACUUACUGCAGAUGGGUGCUAAUGUCCAUGCUCGCGAUGACGGAGGUCUCAUCCCGCUUCAUAACGCCUGUUCUUUCGGCCAUGCGGAGGUUGUGAGCCUCUUACUGUGCCAGGGAGCUGACCCAAAUGCUCGGGAUAACUGGAACUACACCCCUCUGCAUGAAGCUGCUAUUAAAGGGAAAAUCGAUGUGUGCAUUGUGCUGCUGCAGCACGGAGCCGAUCCAAACAUUCGGAACACGGACGGCAAGUCAGCCCUGGACCUGGCCGAUUCUUCAGCAAAAGCCGUCCUUACAGGUGAAUACAAGAAAGACGAACUCCUGGAAGCUGCUAGGAGUGGUAAUGAAGAAAAACUAAUGGCUUUACUGACUCCUCUGAAUGUGAAUUGCCACGCAAGUGAUGGGCGAAAGUCUACUCCUUUACACCUGGCAGCGGGCUACAACAGGGUUCGGGUAGUUCAGCUGCUGCUUCAGCAUGGUGCUGAUGUUCACGCAAAAGACAAAGGUGGACUUGUGCCUCUUCAUAAUGCAUGUUCAUAUGGACAUUAUGAAGUCACAGAACUACUACUAAAGCAUGGAGCUUGUGUUAAUGCUAUGGAUCUCUGGCAGUUCACUCCACUCCAUGAGGCUGCUUCCAAGAACCGUGUGGAAGUCUGCUCUUUGUUACUUAGCCAUGGAGCUGAUCCUACAUUAGUCAAUUGCCACGGCAAAAGUGCCGUGGAUAUGGCUCCAACUCCUGAGCUCCGAGAGAGAUUGACCUAUGAAUUUAAAGGUCAUUCUUUACUACAAGCAGCUAGAGAAGCAGACCUAGCCAAAGUUAAAAAAACACUUGCUUUGGAAAUCAUUAAUUUCAAACAACCACAGUCUCAUGAAACUGCACUGCACUGUGCUGUAGCCUCCCUGCAUCCCAAACGAAAACAAGUGACAGAAUUGUUACUUAGAAAAGGAGCAAAUGUCAAUGAGAAGAAUAAAGAUUUCAUGACUCCCCUGCAUGUUGCAGCAGAAAGAGCUCACAAUGAUGUCCUGGAAGUUCUGCAUAAGCAUGGAGCAAAGAUGAACGCACUGGACACCCUUGGUCAGACUGCCUUGCAUCGAGCUGCCCUAGCAGGCCACCUGCAGACCUGCCGCGUCCUGCUGAGCUACGGCUCUGAUCCCUCCAUCAUCUCCUUACAAGGCUUCACAGCAGCCCAGAUGGGAAAUGAAGCCGUGCAGCAGAUUCUGAGCGAAAGUACACCUAUACGCACUUCCGAUGUUGACUAUCGACUCUUGGAGGCAUCUAAAGCUGGAGACUUGGAAACUGUGAAGCAACUUUGCAGCCCUCAAAAUGUGAAUUGCAGAGAUUUGGAGGGCCGCCAUUCUACGCCCUUGCACUUUGCAGCAGGCUAUAACCGUGUGUCGGUCGUGGAGUACCUUCUGCAUCAUGGUGCCGAUGUCCAUGCCAAAGACAAAGGUGGCUUGGUGCCCCUUCAUAACGCUUGUUCGUAUGGACACUAUGAAGUAGCUGAGCUUUUAGUAAGGCAUGGGGCUUCUGUCAAUGUGGCGGACUUAUGGAAAUUCACCCCUCUACAUGAAGCAGCAGCUAAAGGAAAAUAUGAAAUCUGCAAGCUCCUUUUAAAACAUGGAGCAGAUCCAACUAAAAAGAACAGAGAUGGAAAUACACCUUUAGAUUUGGUAAAAGAAGGAGACACAGAUAUUCAGGACUUACUGAGAGGAGAUGCUGCCCUGUUGGAUGCUGCCAAGAAGGGCUGCCUGGCAAGAGUGCAGAAGCUCUGUACCCCAGAGAAUAUCAACUGCAGAGACACGCAGGGCAGAAACUCCACCCCUCUGCACUUGGCAGCGGGCUACAAUAACUUGGAAGUAGCUGAGUAUCUUCUAGAACACGGAGCAGAUGUUAAUGCCCAAGACAAAGGUGGUUUAAUUCCUCUCCAUAAUGCAGCAUCCUAUGGGCAUGUGGACAUAGCAGCAUUAUUGAUAAAAUAUAACACAUGUGUGAAUGCAACAGAUAAGUGGGCAUUUACCCCUCUUCAUGAAGCAGCCCAAAAAGGAAGGACACAGUUAUGUGCUCUACUCCUGGCACAUGGUGCAGACCCAACCAUGAAGAACCAAGAGGGUCAGACACCUUUAGAUCUGGCAACAGCUGAUGAUAUCAGAGCUUUGCUGAUAGAUGCCAUGCCUCCAGAGGCCUUACCUACCUGUUUUAAGCCUCAGGCCACUGUAGUGAGUGCCUCUCUGAUCUCACCAGCAUCCACCCCAUCCUGCCUGUCCGCUGCGAGCAGCAUAGAUAACCUCACGGGCCCGUUAGCGGAUUUGGCGGUAGGAGGAGCGUCCAACACGGGGGAUGGCGCAGCGGGUGCAGAAAGGAAGGAAGGAGAAGUUACGGGUCUUGACAUGAAUAUCAGCCAGUUCCUAAAAAGCCUUGGUCUUGAACACCUUCGGGACAUCUUUGAAACAGAACAGAUUACACUAGAUGUGCUUGCUGAUAUGGGUCAUGAAGAGUUGAAAGAAAUUGGCAUCAAUGCAUAUGGACACCGCCAUAAAUUAAUCAAAGGGGUAGAGAGACUCUUAGGUGGACAGCAAGGCACCAACCCUUAUUUGACGUUUCACUGUGUUAAUCAGGGAACUGUUUUGUUGGAUCUUGCCCCAGAAGAUAAGGAGCAUCAGUCAGUAGAAGAGGAGAUGCAGAGUACAAUUAGAGAACACAGAGAUGGUGGUAAUGCUGGUGGCAUCUUCAACAGAUAUAAUGUCAUUCGAAUUCAAAAAGUUGUCAACAAGAAAUUGAGGGAACGAUUCUGCCACAGACAGAAGGAAGUGUCUGAGGAGAAUCACAACCAUCACAAUGAGCGCAUGUUAUUCCACGGUUCUCCUUUCAUUAAUGCCAUUAUUCAUAAAGGAUUUGAUGAACGACAUGCAUACAUAGGAGGAAUGUUUGGUGCUGGGAUUUAUUUUGCUGAAAACUCCUCUAAAAGCAACCAGUAUGUUUACGGCAUUGGAGGAGGAACAGGCUGCCCCACACACAAAGAUCGGUCCUGUUAUAUAUGUCACAGACAAAUGCUUUUCUGUAGGGUGACCCUUGGAAAAUCCUUUCUGCAGUUCAGCACCAUGAAAAUGGCUCAUGCCCCUCCAGGCCAUCACUCGGUUAUUGGGAGACCAAGUGUGAAUGGGCUGGCAUAUGCGGAAUAUGUCAUCUACAGAGGAGAACAGGCAUACCCAGAGUAUCUCAUCACCUACCAGAUCAUGAAGCCGGAAGCUCCUUCACAGACCACAACAGCCGCAGAGCAGAAGACCUAGUGAAGGCCCACUGGUAAAGGCCAGAUCGGAUCUAAAUGUGGGACUGGAUUACAGUGGAUUGUUUCCAACAAAAAUCAAUAGUCUAGAAACCCCUGACAGCCUAGAAAUAAGCUGUUUGUCUUUAUAAAGCAUUGCUAUCGUGAUGAAUAUAGUAUGAGUACCUGAUACAUACUCAACUGCUACUAUUCCCUUUGAGGAAAUGUUUACAGGGGCGGCCUUUGAACAUAUCUCAGGCUCAUUUUCAUGGCAGUUACCCAUUUCUGAAACAAGAUUGAUCGAGACUUGGAAAUGGAAAAAAAGAAAACAACCAAUAUUUUCUCAAAUGUUCACAUUUCAACACACUACAUUGGCUUUUUUAUAUAUGGCAUGUGUAUAUAAUAAAUAUACACAUAUUCAGUUUUAAUUUUUUCCAAACAUGCAUCGUGGCUUUUUUGUUUUGUUUUGUUUUUGCUUACUUUGAGCCAGAAUCUCCUUGAGGAUAUUUUGCACAGAGUCACACUGACCAAAACCAUUAGCAAUGCAACCCAAGCUUCUGGCCGAGCAAGACUUAGUUUCCACAUUUUUUUCCUCACUUUGAUUUCUUUUGUAUCUGCGCUUGUCAAUGUAAACUGAGAUGGAAAAGAAAAACAUCAAGUUUCAGUUUCCUUUUAUUAACUGGCCAGUCUUCCAAGGGACAGGCGCAGGCGUCCCCCUGACUCGGAGCUCCCCAGUUCAGGACCGUCAAGGAGGGCCACUUGCUCCUUCGGUGCAGGCCUGCUCCAGAGGCGUGGGGACAGUGCGGGAGGCCCGCGAAGAGCGCAGGCUGCGUGAUGCUGGGCAGGCGCUCCGGGGUGAGCCUCUAGGGAGGGCUGCACAGAAGCAGCAGGAAGCAGGGCGAGCAGCCCGCGGUUCUGUGAUACCGCGGGAAAAGGAUUGCACGGACGCCAAAGGAAAAACGACUUCUCAACCUGCUCCACCAGAAUUGUCGCCCCCAAAAUUAGUUGCCUUAUUUCCAAAUCAGUGGGAUUGCUGUACUUCAUCAGAGUAAAAAAAUAAUUGCUUUCUUGUUUUUCUAGUUUAGAAAGCUAGGAUUCAAAUCCUGUUCAGUAGGUAGAUAUGCACAAAUGCAAGGACUUUUUCGUUUACUCCAGGUUUGGGGUCUAUUUUGAGUGAGGGGCUUCAAAUAGUUUCUGUAGGUCCCUGCACUAAAUUUUUGAACCAUUUCUUCAAAAGAACAAAACUGAAACCAAAGCUCUUUCAGUUACUUUUUUGGACAAAGGUGGAGAGACACCGUAUUGUGUCUUCAUGAAAUUACUACUUUGUUUCACUUGUUCUUAUCAACAUUUGCCAAGUGCACACCAACACUUACAAAAGAUUGCCCAUUAGCCCUUACCCUUCUCCCCUUAACUGAGCAGCACUUUGAGUGCAUCAGCUGGUUUAUGUUCACGUGCUGUGCAUCUACUCAGCUGAGAUGCAUCAAAGCUAAGAGGAACAUAGUGGAAAAAGAGGAAAAUCAGUGUGACACAAACCUGCCAUUUCAACUUAAAGCCCUGCAAAUGAAUUGUUUCUUUAUUAAUGCAGGCUCAUUAAACUGUGACCUCAUUUAGUCUCCAUAAGAAAAAUAAAAUGGUUACAUGCAAAAAUUCUAGAAUAGGCUCUUAGAGAACAUGUUUUGCUUUCCUUCUGGCUUGAGUCCAACUCUAGAACUAGGCAUCGGGAUCUAGUUUGAGUUUUAUAGCAGAAUCUUGCAUGGGUCCUCAGAAUCAAAUCAGGAAUUAGCCUCAGUUAUUGCUUCUAUUGAAGUUUCAGUGACCCAGUCUGGGCCCUCGUGUCUUGGCUGCUUGUUGAAUAGCACUAGAAUUCCAUAUGAAGCUUGAUACGGAAGUUUGAUAGUCAUUAAGAGGGCUUUUUUCCUCCUUUCCUUCUUUUCUGCUGUAACAGUGGGUUGAAGAAAGAAUCAUUAUAGCUUCCAGUAGCUGUGAAAGUGACUGUUACUUGCCUCCUGACUUAGAGUUUAAAAUGGUAAACACAGCUGUGACUUUUAGUUGACAAGUAAAAGGGUUAAUAUGGUAUAGAUAUCGAAAGCUGUACAGCUUCAUUAAAAAGAUAAGCCACUACCCACCUGUGGUUCUAUGUUGUUUCCAUCAUACUAACUAGAUAGUGGAUGUGCCGGUUUUAAACUUCAGCCUUACACUCAAGAAGUUAAACUGUGGUUCCGUAUUGAAACUGCCAAUGUUCUGUCUCUGAUGUUCUGUGUGAGAGUAAAGGUACCGUGUAAGAAAGACAUUUCCAUGCUGUUUGUCUUGUAAUCAUUCGAGCACAUUGUCCUUGAAAGAAUGUGUAUAUAUUAUUCAUCUGCUAAAGAGAAUGGGAUGAGGGCUGACUGACAUCUCACAGGAGUCAAAUACAUUUUUUCGAACCUUGAAAACCAAGGGUCAUCAUGAGGGCACUCAAGUUAGCGAGAGUUGAUUACUUUGGGAAUUUCCAUCCGUAGCAAUGUGCAAAACCCUUUGGAAUUGAAUUAGGCCAGAAUCCAUAUACUUUCCUGUACAUGCACUACACAGAAACACUAGCAAAGUGAGGGCUUCCCACGUGGCUCUGUGGAAGAGCCCUGUUUCCUAAGCCACGUGGAAGAGCAUCUGGAUGCCUCCACCAGUUUUACCGCGGCUCUAAAAUCCAAGGGCUUCUCGACCUGAGGCUCCAGUUUACUAGGUACCGGCCAGCUCGAUGCUUGACUCAGGCAUAAGUUAAGUGCUCUGGACUGGCCCAUCUCUGGGUAUUUGGCCUCCUCCCCUUUUCCCCAGAUUGCUAGUCUGGCUGGAAUUACUGCCAUUCACGCCAGCAGUGACCUCCCUUCUUCUUCUUGAGUCCUACAGAAGGAGACGAUGUACCUCUCUGUUUCUGUAUCACAGCCGGAACCAGGUGUUGGGCUUCAAGUGCUCAACUCAGAAGAUUCUGCCACUUUGUUAACAAGGACACCAUAGGACCCAGAGGUUUAAUUGUAAUCAAAAUAAUAGCAGUACAACCAGGAUUCUUAUUUACUUUUUACUUGGAAUUUGGAAUUUCAAUAAUAGGAUGCUUUCAUGAAAUAGCAUCCUUGUGCUCAUUUGAGUUUGAUGUCAGUGGCCUGACUAAUCUCCCUUUGCUCUCAGAGUAGCAAAGUAUAUCGAUACGUACAAAUUCCUGACUAUGGCAAGUAAAGUAGUGUGGAUUAUUAGUAUUAUUAUAGUCUUUAUACAAAAAAACAAAAUUUUUGUGUGCCCUGGACAGACAGCGUUAGAACACACUAAGCUGUCUAAGUUUUUCUCUAUUUCAGUACAUCUCCCAAUUGCACAAGGGUCAUUGGACAUUGCUCACCCUCCCUAUUCAAAAGUGCACUUUCUGGAUUCCCAAAAAGGGCCUUUCAAAAAGAAAUGCUGUGUAAUUUUAAGUACCUUUCCGCCAGUGUGUCCAGCUCCCACUUGUGUCUGUGACAAACAGCCUCCUUACUGUGUUUUCUUUUGGGAAGUUAUCUUGCACAGAGCUAUAGAUUCUAGCCAUUCAGGGAGAACUCAAAACUGACAUCAAGGUAGGGUUUCGUUUGUCAGAAAUGUAUUUAAAGACCAAAGUUAAAACUUGUUCAACGUCAAAUCAGCAACAGAGAAAUGAAAGCAUUGUGACGAUAAUGCUGGAGCUUUGGUCAGACAUACUUAGUGUAUGAAAAGGAAAUGCACUGUUUAAAGAAACCACCCUAAAAAGUGAGGCUUCUUCAGACACCUGGUACAUUUUGGAGCAAAUAGACAAUUAAAUUUGUUCUCAAGAAAGCCUUAACUGUGGCAGAAACUUUUAACCUUUCCUAUCCUAUGAGCAAAAAGUCAUAAUUGCAUUUCCCAGUGUUUGAAAGGUGUCAGGGAGUUGGUGUGUCCCCGUGCAUUUCACAUCUGCUACUGUUAAUUUGAUGAGGGUUUAUUUCAUUAGAAAUGCUCCUCCCCCGUGCAAAAGAGCCGAUACUAUGAAUUCAUUCCACUUUCCCCGUCUGAAAUUCCUCAGCUACCACAUCUCCUGUUUUGGAGAAAUGCUAGAAAGAUUUUGAAACCUAUCAAGUUGUGUGUAUGUGGGGAUAACCGACCACACUUAAAGUGGUACCAUGUAGAAUUUGAGUGUUACACAAGCUGUUUUUAAAUCAUUUUAAAAUACAAGCUAUGGUGAUAAGUGAGAAGCAGUAGAAAGCUGAAGAUUUAAUGUUCCCUGUAAGACCAAAUGUGUUCACGGGGUGACCAGUUUUAUUCAUCUGCCCGAGGGGUCAACCUCCUUCAAAACAACGUUCACUCCAUAGAGGUGAUCACAUUUUGAUCUUUCAUUCUUUCGCAUUUUCUUUUCCGCUUUUAUACUCCCACGUCUCCACAGCCCCCCUAGCAACCAUCUUUUCAGAUGCCUGCUUCUGCUUCCAGUUGUUUAACGCUCAUCUUUCUUUGUGGCAGUAGGACUUGUCUUUGAUACCUACAAACUAAAAAGGUACUUUUAGCCACAGGGUUUCUCAAAAGCAUCUACAAAGUAAGCGCUGAGGAAAUCUAGAUGUUUCCUGGCAACAGCCCUGGGAGUGGCAGUUGCCUCUUCUCACUGUGACAUUGGUCUGUGUGAGGAACCCCUGUAGUGGCCCGGGCGCAUCCUGGGUGGAGGUUUUAUUUCCACCUCCAUGUCACCCACCAGUGCAGGGGCUCCAGUCCCUGCCGCCUCUUUUGCAUUUGUCUAUUUGCAGGAUUGCCAGAUAAAAUACAAGACACCCAGUUACAUUUGAAUUUCAGAUAAACAAUUUUCUAGCUUGAGCAUGUUUCAUGCAUUAUUUGGCAUAUAUUUAUAGUAAAAAAAACAAAGUAUUCAUUAUUUGAGAUUCAAAUUUACUGAGCAUCCCGGUGUUUUCUCUUGCUAAUGCUGGCAGCCCUGUCAACUUGAUCACCGAAAUCGCUUCCAGCAUGUAAAUUCUCCUAGUCUUCACUACCUUCCACGUGGAAUGAAGACCUAUUAUCCCUCACCCUCUACUUUCCAAAAGAGGGCAUCAAAGAACUUAACUGCCUACAUGGUGGGUUUCUAUUUAAGACAUCUUUAUGACUAUAUAUUUACCUGUAAUUGUGCUUUGGCUAAAUGUCUAACUCACAGUACUUGUAAUUGUUUAAUAUUCAAUAAAAACAUUUUAAAGUAUGAUGCAGAUGGAUA